AUGACCCCUCCGCCGAAGAUCUUGCGUAAGAUCUUGCGUGGGUACCCCUUGCGCCCCGCGGCCACGCCCCAGAUACUGGACACAGUCCAGUAUCCAAGUAUACCUCUCCAAAGCGGAGUUCAGCAGGUUGCUCUGGAUAACAGCGGCCCCUCUAGGGCAACACCGACUAACGGGCCACACCCGCCUUCAUCGCGCUCCCUCCCGGAUGACCAGCCUCCCAUCGACCGCGUACAGGAUAGCGGCAGUACAGAGAGAAUAUUAGAAGGCCCUGUCGUGAGUAGCCCGGUUGAAGGAGAAGCAGGUGUGUCCGUACAUCCUCUCUCAAACACCCCCCCUCCCGGUAAUUGGCAUGUCGAUGCCGUACAUGGCGCGACGACACUCUGUCUCUAUCGGUUCUCAGUCGACUGA